CGCCUGCACAGAACGCAUGCGCGGCUGUUGAAGUUACCGCGAAAAGACAAUCGGAUGAGUUCGCCGCGAAAAAGUUUCUAUAUAUUUUUGUAAUUAUUAUUUUUCAUGUUAUUGAAAAUAUAUUAAUAAUAAUUUUUACAUAGUUAAGUGUUUGUGAAUUAUUUUAAACAUGAAGUAUAAGGUGAAGAACGCUGAUAGCGAGAGUCAACGUCAACCAGACUCCGUCCUUGAAGAGAAACUAGAAAGAACAGUCCGAUGCUCGUCGAUUCUGAUCGUUGCGCUAGGUGUGUGCCUCAUCGCACUGGGGGUGUACACCACGAUACUGGUGCUGACUGAUUAUAACAGCCCCCAGCCGUGUAUGAGCGAAGUGUGCGUUGGUACUGCAUCCAGAGUGCUAUCCGCAAUGAACAAAGAAGUGGAUCCAUGCACGGAUUUCUACGAAUUCGCGUGUGGCGGCUGGAUCAAGAAGAACCCGGUCCCCGAGUGGGCGACCUCCUGGGACCAGCUGUCCAAGCUUCGGGAACAAUUGACUUCGGAUCUGCGAGAUCUGCUCGAGGCUGAAGAUGCGCCAAAUUCGCCAGAGAGCGUGCUCAAGGCGAAGGCUCUGUAUCGAACUUGCAUAGAUGUUGAUAAGAUGGAAGCCCGCGGGAUCCAACCGAUCCAGGAUCUCCUGGCGGAACUGGGCCUUCCGCGCGGCCCGCCCGCGGCCAGCAGCAACGUCUCGUGGGAGGAGGUGGCGGGGCGCGCGCGCCGCACCCUCGGCCUCAGCGUGCUGCUCAGCGUGCAGGUGCUGGAGGAUGUGAGGAACACCAGCAGGAACCGGGUUGUGAUCGAGCAAGUAACGCCCGGUUUCAGCGAGCGCUACCUCCUGCACCCGGAGCAGUUUGCUCACGAGUUGGAGCAGUAUCACACCUACAUUAGGGACAUGAUUGCUGUAGUGGAUUCGGAGACUGACGCUGAGAAGUUCGCUGAUGAUAUUGUUGAGUUCAGCAAGAGUUUGGCGAGGAUAAUGACCCCGAUGGAGGUGCGGCGCAGCGGCGCGCACCUGUUCCACGACGUGAGCGUCGCGCAGUUCGUGCGCGGCGCGGCCGGCGGGCCCGCGCAGUGGCCUGAGCACGACUGGGCGGGCUACCUGCGCACGGUGUUCAGCAACACGAGCGUGGCGCUGCGCCCCGCGGAGGACCGGCUCAUCGUCAUGGACCUGCCCUACCUGCAGCGCCUCGCCGCGCUGCUCUCCGACACCGACCCGCUGCUUCUCGAGCGCUUCAUGUGGUGGAGCGUGUUCUCGACGGUGUCGCCGAUGAGCGUGUCGCGGUUCCGCGAGCUCGGGUUCGCGUUCAGCCGCGCCGUGUUCGGGCUGCGCACGCGCGCGCCGCGCUGGAAGACCUGCGCCGCCAACGUCAACGCCAACUUCGGCUUGGCGCUCUCCCUGCUCUACGUCCAGAGCCACUUCGACAACGCGUCGCGGAUCAAGGCGCUGGAGAUGGUGUCGGACGUGCGCGCCGCGUUCGCGGCGGGCGUGGCGCGGCUCGGCUGGAUGGACGAGGCGACGCGCGCGCGCACGCUGCGCAAGCUGCGCGCCAUCCGCAACUUCGUGGGCUUCCCCGCCUGGCUGCUCAACGCCACGCGCCUCGACCGCCACUACCGACACGCUGAAGUUGUAGAAGGUAACCUGUUCGAGACCUUCUUGAAGCUGACGCAGGCUGCCGUUAAGAAAUCGUUUGAAACUUUACGAGAGAAACCUGAUAGGAACAGGUGGGUAGCGACGGCGACAACGGUAAAUGCAUUCUACUCAGCGACACUCAACUCAGUCACAUUCCCUGCUGGUAUUUUACAGCCACCCUUCUAUGGAAAUGGCAUUGAGGCUAUAAACUAUGGAUCGAUUGGUGCAAUUAUGGGACAUGAAGUAACUCAUGGAUUUGACGAUCAAGGUCGGCGCUACGACGAGGAGGGCAACCUCAAGCAGUGGUGGACAGCCGGCACGCUGGAGCAGUACCACGAGCGCGUGCAGUGCAUCGUGCAGCAGUACAGCCAGUACCACAUGCAGCAGCUGCCCAACUAUACGGUGCACGGGUUCAACACGCAGGGCGAGAACAUCGCGGACAACGGCGGGCUGCGCGCGGCGCUGCGCGCGUACGGGCUGCAGCGCCGCCGCGCCGCGCGCCCCGCGCCGCGCCUGCCCGGCCUGCCGCACUACUCGCCCGACCAGCUCUUCUUCCUCGGCUUCGCGCAGAUCUGGUGCGGCAACUCCACCGUCGGCGCGCUCAAGUCCAACCUCGUGGAGGGCGUGCACAGCCCCAACAGGAUUCGCGUCAUCGGCACUCUCAGCAACAUGAAGGAGUUCUCCGACGCGUGGCAGUGCGCGCCCGGCUCGCCGAUGAAUCCGGAACACAAGUGCGUUCUGUGGUAACGAGUUACUACGCAUGUAAUAAAUAUGUAAAUAUAUGAGUGCUGCUGAGCCUGCCCAAAUCGUGAGUAGCUCGGUAGAAAGCUGUGUAAAAUAAUGAGUCGGUAUUUUAUAAAUUUUAGUUGAGUUAAUUUGACAAUUAAUUGACAUUGACAACUGAAAUCAAAUUGUUAAGAAAAUUGUUACUUUUAAGUAAGAACUAUAGUUCACUUAGGUAUAACAAACAAACAAAAAAGAACUGAAACUGAAAGAAAUAAGAAUAACUUUUAGUCUGAGGUCCUGAGAUCCAAAAUUGUAACGAAACUCAACAUUUAGAAUUUAUAUUUAAACUGAAACGACUACCUAUAUUUUAUGUUGUUGCUGAGCAAUGACAAUAGUUUAUAAGUGCUUAGGUUAAAAUUAAUCGACCAGUUAAUUUGUGUUACCAUCUGAUACGUAUUAUGUCAUGAAGACUGUGAAGAAAAUAGUUACCAAUUUGCUUAUAAAUGUAUCUUACGAGUUCCAUUUAUUCAAGAAAACUUUUAGGAGAAACAGUAAUAUAAGUUCACUUCACAAAUUACUAAAUUUUCCUUUACAAGUGACUAAUCACUAGUAAUUAUAUCUUUUAUAAACUUAACAAUGGCCUGCAAUAAUAAUAUAUUUAAAUAUGAUCUUUAUAGAAAUAUUUACUAAGUUAUGGACAACCAGUGAUUCUUUAUAGUUACCAUGAUUCUGUGAAAAUUUCUGUAUAUAGGGUAAGUAUUGACUGUUAGAAUAAUAUUUAUGUUUAAGUAUGUAAAAAGCUGUGAAUAUAUAAUAAUACAGUUAGAUAAUUUAAAUUUUAAAAAUAAAUAAGUUACCAAAUAAUUUUGAUUUAUCCAUGCAUU